AAGCGCUCGGUUGUGUGUGGUUUUCGAUUCGUUGGCGGCUAUCAAAAAGUCUACGUCUUGACAUCCAGUGGCGGCGAAACGCGCCGUACAGUGCCCAAGGGGAUCAACAACAAAACGUUCAACAUAAAGUUCGAGUGCAUUUACAUACGCUAAACCGCACGCUUUGACAUCCAGCCGCAGUAAUGGCCGAGAACGAGCCCCUCGACGAGUCAGCCAGCCAGCCAAAUGGUCGUAUUGUCAGUGCCGAGCAAUUUGGCAAUGGACACGCAGCGUUGGCCAACAACGGGCAGCUGCACAGAGCCACAGCCAACGGCAAGAGCCAGGCGAAUGGCGUCCAAGCACACAUCGAGGCGCCCUGCUGUCGAGAUAUACACGGCAAGGAGCCGCCGGAUGGCGGUGCGAGGGCCUGGCUGGUAAUGGUCAGUGCGUUCCUAUGCAACGGCGUCAUCUUUGGCCUCAUCAACACAUACGGCGUGCUGCAUAAGCUGCUAACGGAGCGGCUGACGGCGCAGGGCGAUGCGGAGGCAAACAGCAAAGCGGCUUUGGUUGGCUCCUUGGCAAUUGGCACCACCUUCUUCCUGUCACCAGUCGCUGGAUGCCUGACUGACAAAAUUGGCCUCCGGCUGACCACCUUCAUUGGUGGCAUGCUCGCAUCCGGCGGGCUGUUGCUUUCGUCAUUUAGCUCUGACAAUAUCACCGCCUUGUAUUUUACAUAUGGCAUCAUGUUUGGGCUGGGCGGCGCAUUGGCCUACACGCCCACGCUGGCCAUACUGGGGCAUUACUUCAAGCGCUAUCUGGGCAAGGUGAGCGGCUUUGUGACUGCCGGUUCGAGCGUGUUUACUGUUAUACUGCCACCCGGUCUGGACUGGCUGCUGGGCAGCUAUGGACUGGAGACGACUUUAAGGAUGAUGAGUCUCAUGGCGGCAUUUAUUAUAGUCUGCUCGUUUGUGUACAAGCCGCUGCAUCUGCCGCUGCACUCGACCAAGAAGAAGGAUGGCCGUUCGCGCCUUAAUGUACUCAUGCGCUCCAUUAUCAAUGUGGAGAUCUGGAAACGGAAGCGCUAUGUCAUCUGGGCCCUGUGCGUGCCACUGGCUCUGUUUGGCUACUUUGUGCCCUAUGUGCACAUGAUGAAGUUUGUGGAGACCUCCUUUCCCGGCAGGGAUGUCAAUUUGCCCGUCAUGUGCAUAGGCAUUACCUCGGGCAUUGGCCGUCUCAUAUUUGGCGUCAUAGCUGAUAUGCCCGGCGUCAAUCGCAUGUACCUGCAGCAGCUUUCGCUGGUCUGCAUAGGCCUGGUCACCUUGUUGCUGCCACUGACCAGCUCGUAUGUGGUGCUUGUGUCUUUCGCCUUGAUAAUGGGCCUAUUCGACGGCUGUUUCAUCUCGCUGCUUGGUCCGAUCGCCUAUGAGAUUUGUGGACCCUCGGGCGCCACGCAAGCCAUUGGCUUUCUGCUGGGUCUCUGCUCGCUGCCAUUGACUAUUGGCCCGCCUGUUGCUGGCAUGAUAUUCGAGCGUACCGGCUCGUAUACGCUGCCAUUGAUACUAGCUGGACUGCCGCCACUGCUCGGCUCUUCGCUGUUGUUCCUCAUGCGUUGCGUGAAGGAUGACUCCGCUAGCAAUGAUACGAACGGAGUUUUGGCUCGGCAAAAUAGUGACAUUGAAAACUCCUCCAAUGGCGACUAUCGCAUGAGUGCUGUGAAGUCUAAUGCGCCGCUUAUGGGCUCAAGAGUCAGCGGAAACGGCGCCAAGUCCAAUGGAUAUGCAAUAUCCAACGGCUCAACAACUGCUAUCAAGUUGCAAGCACCUCUCAUGGGUUCGACUACAGAUGCAAAUGGUGUCAAUGGGCAUGCCAACGGGCAUUUGGAUAUGACAGAUCCAGCAACUGAGACACCCAUCGACAGGCCAGGAUCCUAGACAAAGUCGCUGUCGUCUGCUCAAAUCUCAAAAUUCCACAAAACUUUAUCAUUAAUAUUUUCUGCCAUUUUAAUCUAUGAUCAUAUCGCUAACAGCAUAUCUAGCGCAUAAAGAAAGGUGUUCAUUCAUUUUUGACUACUGUACAUAUGGGACGAUGUCCAAAUAUUUUGAAUAGACCUUUUGUUGGAGAGACUCUCGUGUACUUUAUGUACAUGUUGUAAUACUUAUUUUUUCAUAAAUGUGUAUACUAUAGGCUAAGACAUAUUUGAAAUGAAAAAUAAAUCA